AUGUUAAAGACUUUAAAACGAAUUGGUUUUUUGACGCGUAACAAGCAUUUAUCUAAUGUUGCCAAUCGAAACUAUUUAUCAGCUUUGGCUCAAAAAGAAUAUUUGAAUAAACCCUUAAUAGAGACCGACCCUGACAUUUUCGAUAUAAUAGAAAAAGAAAAAAAACGUCAACGUGAAAGUAUCGUGCUUAUACCCUCGGAGAACUUCACUUCGCGUGCUGUAAUGGAAGCCCUUGGAUCUAUCAUGCAAAAUAAAUAUUCGGAAGGGUAUCCUGGUGCUAGAUAUUACGGUGGUAACGAAUUUAUUGAUCAAGCAGAAAGAUUAUGCCAGAAACGUGCAUUGGAAGCUUUUAACUUGGACGAAUCUAAAUGGGGAGUGAAUGUUCAAGCUUUAUCCGGCUCACCCGCAAACCUCUACGUAUAUAGUGCACUAUUAAAACCACACGAACGCCUAAUGGGAUUAGACCUGCCUCAUGGAGGACAUCUAUCCCACGGAUAUCAAACAGAUACGAAAAAAGUAUCUGCCAUCUCCGUCUAUUUUGAAACACUACCGUACCGUCUGAAUGAGCAAACGGGUAUCAUUGACUAUGACGCGUUGGAAGCCACCGCGAUUUUGUAUCGACCAAAACUCAUUAUUGCAGGUGCUAGUGCGUAUCCACGAAAUUUUGAUUAUCAGAGGAUGAAGAAGAUUAGUGAGAAGGUUAAUGCAUAUUUGAUGGCUGACAUUGCGCAUAUCAGUGGUCUUAUCUCUGCGGGUGUUUUACCAUCACCUUUUGAUUAUGCCGAUAUCGUCACAACUACAACACACAAAUCGUUGAGAGGUCCACGUGGUGCUCUUAUAUUUUUCCGAAAAGGAGUUAAAAAUGUUGAUAAAAAAGGCCAAGUUGAUUCAACAGAUUUCAUGUCAUUUUUAUUAGAAAUACAAUAUAAUCUCGAGGUUCCCAUAAAUCAGUCAGUUUUUCCCGGGCAUCAGGGUGGACCUCACAAUCACACAAUAAGCGCACUGGCAGUCGCAUUGAAACAAACUAAAACCUCGAUAUUUAAAGAAUAUCAAGAGCAAGUGCUUAAAAACAGUUUGGCUUUCGCGGACGCAUUUAUAAAGAAAGGGUAUAAGUUGGUCUCGGGUGGUACCGAUACACAUUUACUUUUGCUGGAUUUGAAACCAAGGGGAAUUGACGGUGCUCGUGUGGAACGUGUACUCGAACUAAUGAACAUUGCUGCAAACAAAAACACCGUUCCUGGAGACGUCAGUGCAUUGAUCCCGGGUGGAAUUCGUGUUGGUACUCCUGCGAUGACGACUCGUGGACUGGUUGAAUCCGAUUUUGAAAAAAUUACAGAGUUUAUUGAUCGUGCCGUUCAGAUAGCAAUUGAUGCGAACAAAAAAGUUAAAGGAACCAAACUUAGAGAUUUCAAAGAAUACCUUAGAGAUAACGCCUCUUCAGAACCACGCAUUGAAGAGAUUAAACAGGAUGUUAUUCGGUUUUCCAAGAGUUUUCCUGCUAUAGGGUUCGAUGAAAGCAAAAUGAAAUAUUUGUAA